UAACUUGGCUCACACUGCCUGCCUCCAUUUGACUUUCCCGCUGGUCAGCUAAACCAGGCCCACAGCACUGUAGCCUGAGGAGCAUUCCCAGAUGUGUGCUCCCCAAACACUCCUUUAGUAAGGGAAGGAUUUUAUCUCAACAACAGACACAAACCCUGACAGUACUAAGAGGAGCUCAAAUGCAACACACCCACGGCUUGUGCACACAUGCACUCUCGUCCUCUCUUUCUCUCCAAUGCACAUAUUUCGUGCAAGCUACAAAGCAGCUGACCUUACGACAAAGCUGCAGACUGCACAGAGAGGAGUGGGGUGAAAGGAGAGGUGACAGCGCUUAGUUAUCAGUGUGUGACUAACUCCCCUGGAAAAACUCUGCAUGACAGGAGCAGUGGGAGGACAGGACAACAACUACAAGACAAAACGGAAAACACUUGGAACAACCAAGGCAGAGGAGGAUUACUGCCGAAUUUGGCACUGGACACGAAGAGACGUGGUCAACGCUGAGUGGAGGAUUAAGUUUACAUAUACUGACCCAUGGAGACGAGACGCUGGAGGCUGUAUUCUGUGAAAAGCUUGUCUUUGCACAAUUUCUAAAUAGCUCACAAAAGUGUCAGCGGUGCAGUUUUCACCUUUUUUAAGGAUCGUGUCCUGUGAGAGCCAUGCCUCUGUUCAGCUGGAUGAAAUGGUCGCAUGAGACAAGACAGCAGGCUCAGGAUACAACACCGCCUCCGAAGAGCUCGGGGGUUGUACCCAGCCGCAUGUUGAUCACAGAACUCCUGUGGCAUGUGGAAGAACGCGAGCGGCUGGCAAGAGAACUGGAGCGUGAGCACAGGCUAGCCCACAGUGCCCUGGGUCUGCACUGGUUUCAGAAGUACCCCAGGUUGCGAACCCUCAUCCCUUCAUCGGAGCUACACCAGCUGGAGUUCCUGUGUGCUCAGAUUCCACCAAUCCACGCAGCCACCGUCUUGUCCAGGUUUCGUGAGGUGCUUGCGACUAACAACAUAAGGCCCUGGGAGCUGGCGUCUGUCUUCAAACAGGUACUGAGGGACUUCCUGAACCAAAACCAAUACGGUGAAGAUCACGACUUCUCGGUGCAGCCAGCACAGUUCCGACCAAUGGAAGCUUGGACCAGCCGUUACAAAAUGAAGCAGGGCUUUGUCACACCGACAGUCCCCAACUGUGGAGACCACCCAAGGGACGAGAUCCCUACAGUCUCCGGAUACGUGGAUCGGGCCAUGCGACAUUCCAGUUCAUUCACAGCCACCAGAGACUGGGACCUCCCAUAUUACUAUCCAACGCCGCUCAGGCCCAAAGCGGCGUACACCACUACACUGUGAGAGAACACAACUAUCAUUACAUCUGCAGUCUUGUGUUUCACACAGGGAAAUAACCAUUAUCACAUCCACAGCAUGGUGACAAAAUGGGAUUACCUGCAUUAGUUAUACAUGUUCAGUAAAAACAACAUUAGGCUAGGUGGUAAAUGUGCUCAGAUGUUAAUUGCAAUAACUAGAUUUUUGUUUGCCUGCUCUUUAUAUGCUGUUUAAUGAACUGAGUGGUCUAUGUAGUCCUGACUACAAACUGCAGUUAAAUUUUGAACAGCCGAGGAUGGAUUUUAAAGGCCUGCUGUCAGGUAGUUGGAAUGACUUCAUACCAAAAGCACAGAAUAUGUUUGUGGACUUUUGACUCUUGAAGUCAAAAACAAUGCUUACUUGUCACAGCUCAUCGCAAACUCAAAAUGCAAAUGAGUGUUGUUUCAUGCGACCCAUUUUUAGAGACAUGAAGACGAAAAACUGUAAAAUAUUUAAAAAUAAAAACAAAGAGAUUAAGGAAAACA